GGCGCGCAAACUCACGCGGAUGUACCGCUAUGUAAAAUGGCGGCGUGAGAGAGGCUCGUUCAAAACACAGUUCAGUCUUUUACCUGAGAAGGUGUUAAAGUAACGUGAGUGAAGCGGUCUGCGGUACCUGCAGCUGUCUGGGAAUCAUUCAGAGGGAGAGGUUGGAAUUUACAUUCCUAGAAAAAGAGCAGGGGGGAUGGCGAAGAGGAUCGCUGAUAAAGAGCUAACGGACAGGAACUGGGAUCAGGAGGAGGAGGGAGAGGAGGCCGGGACGUUUUCAGUUGCCAGCGACUCUGUGUUGAAGAACCGGGCGAUUAAGAAGGCCAAACGUCGCAACAUUGGAGCAGAGGGUGAAGUUAGCACAGCCUUCAAAGGUUUUAAAGGCUUUUCUAUGACGCCGGCGUCUGCAGCGAGCGGAGCCUCCACUCCAACGCUGUUUUCUGGUUUCGGGAACGGCGGAGGCUUUAAAGGUCUCGGAGGUCUGACCAACGGAAACAGCAUCGCUCCUCCGUCAUUCGGAGGUUUCUCAUCUCCUGCUGCGACGUCCUCCGCUACACCUGGUCUGACGUUCAACGGCCCCGCCUCCGCCAAGCCCACCGAUGACAUCACCGGCAAGCAGACCAAUGGCUCCACCCCGAGCCUGACUCAAAGCUCGAGCUCCUGCAGCAGCAGCAGCAGCAGCAGCAGUGUCAGCAACAAGGAGUACAGCCGGCAGCUCACCGCGCUCAACUGCUCGGUGCGGGACUGGAUCACCAAGCACGUGAACGACAACCCUCUGUGCGACCUCAACCCCAUCUUCAGGGAUUAUGAGCGGCACCUGGCCAGCAUCGAGCGGCAGUACGGCGCCGGAUCUGCCGACGGAGGCUCGGAGGAGAAGAAGCAGGGAGGGAUGCUGCCAACCACAGCCACCCCUCCUCCUCCUUCCUCCUCUUCUUCCUCGUCCAGCAGCAGCAGCUCGGCGGCUCCGGCGCCGGCCGCCGCUUUGUUCUCCUUUGGCAAAGAUACGACGGGAGACUCAGGCCGGGACAAAAGCGCCGCCGCUCCGAUCCCCGCCGGCGUCACGUUUAACUUCGGUCAGAAGGUGGACAGCUCGGCUCUGGGCUCCUUAGGCUCCAAAUCGACGCCUCCCAGCUUCUCCUUCUCCUCCAGCGCCUCCUCCAGCCAGAGCUCCCUGUUCGGGGCUGCCGGCUCUGCCGCUCCGCUGUCCUUCAGCGGGAAGAAAGCCGAGGACGCUCAGCCUGCAGACGAGAACGGAGACGAAGAUUCGGAGGAGCCGCCGAAACCUGAGAUCAAAGAGGUUCAAGAGGACGACGCCUUUUACUCAAAGAAGUGUAAAAUGUUCUACAAGAAGGAGUCUGAGUUCAAAGAGAAAGGAGUGGGAACUCUGCACCUCAAACAGACAGCGGACGGAAAAACUCAGAUGAUCAUUCGCGCCGACACCAAUCUGGGAAACAUCCUGCUGAACAUCAUCGUGCAGGCGUCCAUGCCGUGCUCCAGAGUCGGUAAGAACAACGUGAUGGUGGUUUGCGUCCCCAACCCGCCCGUCGACGACAAGAACCCCACCAGCCCCGUCCCCCUCCUCAUCCGGGUCAAGACCGCAGAGGACGCCGACGAGCUCCACAAGACCCUGGAAGAGAAGAAAGGCUGAAUCCAGAGCUUUUAGCAGACUUCACCUGGUCAUCCUCUGCUGUCCACCGGUCCGAACCUGACCACGCAUCGACCUCAUCACGCCGGUUUUACCCACAAACACACACACACACACACACAUUUGUACUUAACUCACCUGAUAAUUCAGCUGUUUUGUCGCCUCCCUCUCAGUUCCUCAUAAUAAAUUGGUCGUCAUACUGUGAAAUAUUUUUGUUGUUUUUUUUUAAAUCACAAAUAUCAGAAGCAGGUGGUCGCUCGUUGACUCGGCUACAUUCCCUCUGGUUCGACGCUGCUGCUGCUGUUGUAUUAGAGAAACAGAACGAUGUAUCUUAUCAGUCUCAAGCGUUUUUAAUUUUUUUUAAAAAAUUUGGUCGUCGAGUGACUGAAAGUCGAGUGUGAAUCCAGACGAGUUGUUGUGCGAGGAGCUUCUCAUCUGCGAUCCUUACCACUGAGUUUUGUUUUUUUUUUUUUUUUGGAGGGGGGAAACCUCCAAAUAAAAGUCCAGUCAAUUUGGUUUUACAAAUUAAAUACUUGCAGUAACAGUUAAUAUUUUAAUGAAAGUGUCGAGGAUGAAGAGGUUUCCUUCCUCUGAGUGUGUCUGCUGAGUGUUUUUUUUUUUUUUUUUCGAUCUGGAAACUAUUUAUUGUGUCGGCAGGAUUUGUACUUUCACUGAUUGAACCUGGUGUGAAUGUUUCCCCUGAAGAGCUUCUUAAAAAACAGUGUAGAAGGGAAGUGUGUGUAACAGACCAGUUAUUAUAUUUUAUUUUUUCUGUAAACAUGGACUCUGUUCUUUUUUUCCAAGUGUCCUUUGUGUGGCCUUCAGUCCGGCCUUCCAGAUGAGGCCUGCUGUCAUCGUCUGAGAACAUUUGUAAAGACAUUUAUUGGGGAAUAAAAGGAAACAAAUGAA